ACAGCCUAGCAAAAUCAAAUCUGUACUUACGUUGAGAAAGUUAACAGAAAUCUGCCUGCUUCACAUAUUCUUAAUGGACUCCUUUUAUCAAUAUCAUUACAAACGUCCUCUAUUAUUACUAUAGCCUAUUACUGUAAUUACUCUUCCAAAAAUUGUAAGCCUGCAGAACAUGAAGCAAAAAACAAACACUGGCAUUUAUUACAGCAUAGAAUAACCAGGACAUUUAGGGUUACCGUAACAUACAAUAAGACCACACAUUUCACAACAUUGCUUCAACAUUGCUAGAUUAAAAUCAAUUAUGGUAUCAAGGGCAAACCUUUUCUCAAUGUUAAAUAUGAAUCUUCAUAAUCUGGUUUAGAAGAAAGUUACAACGUUAGCCGACACUUUGCAUCGAUGUUAUUCAAGGCUGAAGACUGCAUGAACACUUUCGAUAAAUAUAUGACCUUGUCUGGCUGUUCCAUCCCCUAUCAAUAACAUGAUUAUUAACGGUGGUGUCUAGCUACUACGACAUUAAUACGACAUACAUGGCAAUGUCCAGCUGGGUUGAUCACUAUCAAAUGUCAAAAAAUAUAUAAGUAGCUUAAUGUGUAAGGAAAGGAUUUACGUCAAGUCAAGAACAAGUGAAGUCUAAAAAUUCAACAUCUAGUCUGGCUAGCAUGUACACUACUUUUUAAAUGUUUUAGCUAGACUAAGAAAGUCAUUUCAGAGACGGUUUCUGGUCAUGUACGACUUCCUCGCUAGUACUAGCUACAGUAGCUAGUAGCGACGACUGGCUAGAUGGGUUGCUAGGUAUAUCCCUGUUCUAGUUGCUUCUCGUGCUAGCUAGCUAGCUUACAUUAGUCCAGCUAGCAUUACUUUGGUGGACGUCCCGACCCAUAUCUCAGUAGCUAGUUGACACGUGAUUUCUGUGCUAAAUGUUCAAAGAAUGAUCUAACAAUUAGAAGCGUCCUAAGACGGUUUAUAUCUUUAUGCCACGUCAAAUUCGCUAGCUAUUGCUAGCUAGCUAGUUAAGUCGCUCACACAGCAUUUUCACCUGCUUACCUUGGCUUUACCUCAUCGUUAUGAAGAAUCUCUCUCCAGACUCCAGCGCCAGCCUACCAUUCGCGCAGACAGUGCAGACUUCAGCGCCACCGAAUUGGGAGAAAAAACAAGAUAGCUAUGGAGUGAAGCCGAAAUAAUUAUAUUCAAUAACACAUUGGGUUCUCACUUUACACAUGAAACUAUGUUUUAGACGAGUAUAUCCGAGUGUCAGGUUCUUUUUCGACACUUUGUUGCACAGAUUGGAGCAACAAGCAUUUGACAGCUCCCUGUACGACAGCCAGCAGAUUUAUUGAAAGGGUAACUACAAUGUCUAUCAGUGUGCGUACAAAAAUCUGAAGACAACGUUUGUCGAAGGAAAUAUAACUCAUAUAUGAAUAUCUCUGAGAGACUUAUGUUAAUUGUAAAAUGUGUGCUAUUUUGGUAAUCGGAAGAUUAUAAACAAAUGGAAAUCUACACAGAUCACCCCAUGAAUGCACAUGGUACGUUCCAAACGAAUGUCAGGUGGCUCCAGAAGGGCAAGGGUUUGCUUGUUACCAAGGGAACAGCAGUGAAACCGUGAGGGAAAUUAUAGUUUUUCAAAUUUUUUAUAGUCCUACAUUCAGUUUAUAUUUGAUUUGCUUGGCAUUCGGUAUAUAUUUGAGUUUCCACUCUGUGUAUGGAGUAUAAUUAUUAGAUUAUUAUUAAUAGCACCAAAAAUCUCAAACUAGGUAUACCUUAAAUUGCCAUAUGAAUUUGACUUUAACAAUAGAAAUAGCAUAUAUUUAAUAACCAGAUAGAUAAUGGACAUUUUUAUGUUAAUAUUUGUUAAUAACAUGUAUUAGUACUGAAUGUAACAUGUUUUUUUUACACAACCGAAUGUAUAUAGCCCCAGGGGUUGUACUUUUAUUUUCGAAUAUUUCAAGGUUCACUCCCACAAAGAAAAAUGUUGCAGUUAGGAGAUAACACAUAACUCAUCCUGUAAAAAGGGAGAUUGUAUGAUCAGCAGUCUCUGAAUACCUUUAAACACUGAACAUGACAUGAUAUUUAGUAAAUGGAUGUUCCUUGUAAUUAUUUACCCCUUUCCUCCACCUCCAAAUUCCAAACUAUUACUUAUUCCUGUCAUUUUACAGAGUGCCAGAUAUGGGAUUACGGAGGUAUUUAUGGAGACAAACACAUUCUUUCCAUUAAAUUGAAAGCGGUAUGUGUGGAAUGAUGAGCCGUUAUUGUUAUAGGCAUCAGAAAAAGGAUGAGCAGACUGGAAUGCCAGACUGCUGGACUGGGUUGGGGAAAGCCUGCUGACCAAGCUUCACUUAUCUGUCCACACCAGGGCAACCUCCCACGCGCACCAUGCAGGGGUAGUAGGGUAGAGGAGCAGAAGGCCUCAGUGACAGAUGACAACAGUACUGAAGGGGACAUGGCCUGAUGGAAAUGUAUGAGGAAGGCCUCUAUUUCGCAGUUGCUGUUGCCAUGUGCUCUCUAUAUCAAUACAUAGUGUUUACAAAAUAAAAUAAUUGUCUGUCAUAAUAAAAAUAUUCCCAAUAUAAUGUGAUUUACUCUUUGAUUCUGUCACUGGGUACAGUAGAAUUCUUAAUUUUUGACAUAUAAAAUAAAAAGGAAAAAAAAUGCUAAAAUACAUAUGAACUAUUAGACCUAUCAAAUGGCUUUACCAGUGUCAUGACUACAAUGGGGUCUUGCUUUGAUUAAACUGUCACAUUAAUCGCGUUUGGCCUUCACAUAGCAUAUAAGAGUAUAGGAGUGGUCCAGUCUUUGAUCUUGUCACACUGACAAGCCCCUUCAAACGAGUGUCAUGGACAUCAAGAGCAGUGAGGAAAGGUCACCGCAUUGCUCCCAUCAAGCCUGAAGAAAUGCCACUGUCAAACAGACUCAGAUAUGGAACUCAAAAAACAUUCUUCUACCAGUUCCCCUUUCACCUUGUAGAGGCUCCAACUACAUAUCCCUCAAUAACCCCUGGUGGCUUCCUCAAACUCAUGUAAAAUACCAUCUUGCAAUGAAUGUUAAUCUCCUCUCUUCAAUCUUGUUGGGCUAUUCAUAGUAGGCUAUGUUUUGCGUGAGAUAUGUUCAAAACGUGCUUGUUAUUGUAACACCAUCUUCUGGUACCACAAGUCCCUGCACACUGUCCAUGAAUAUACAUUAUCGUCACAUUAUUGUCCCCAUGUGACUUGCUGUGUGGAGACUAUAGGGCUGGAUAGUGUGCUGCAGGCCUGCAGCAACCUUCAAGCUAUUACUUCAACAGUAAUAAUGCUGUGAUUGACACCAAGCCUAUAGCCUUUGAUUGAAUUUUCACUUUAGUUGCCUUGGAAACUCUUGCUAACUACAUGAAAUCUAAAAUAAGGUUAAGGAUUUUAAAAAAAUCACAUUGUGGACAUUUUGUUUUUGAGAAUUGGUUAGAUGCCAUCUAGUGGUAGUAAAAGAAGCUGAAAGUGUUACAUGCUCCUAAGGAAUAUUGUUUAAAAUCAGGGUGCUUCAAGUCAGGGUUUUUUCAAAGUCAUCUGAUCACAAGAUUCACAACACCAGACUGAAAUUAUUAUGAAUGUGAAUGUUUUGUUCCAGGUUGCAUAGUUUCACACUAGUAAAGGGGAGUUAAAUAGCAUUGAUAUUUCAACACUGCAGAUAUUUCAACGCUGCAGAUAUUACACUACAGAAAUAUUUUUGCUAUAAAAUAACCUUCUUGAAUGACACUACAAUUCAGAUUACAAUAAUAUUAUAGUAAACAUACUAUACGGUUCGUUCAAUAAUGUUAUUAUUAUUAUUAUUAUUAUUAUAGGUGGUGAAGUUCUGUAAAUACCUUAAUUGAGUUUGUUAAAAACUUUGCCCAACGGUGUGUUGAAAAGCUGAAAUCCUCAAAAUGUAUAUGAUUAAACUGUUCCCAUUUGUUCACAAAAAUGUAAGAAGGCCAUUAGAGGACCACUAGAUGUCAGACUUUCCUUAAAAAAAAUUACAGAACCACUAAUUCAUUGAUUGUACAAAGUCUGUCAAAGCCAUUGUGCAUCAUUCUUUUAUAUUAAAAUAUGUUCAGCUCUGGUAUUUAUUUCACUGAACAGUGCCAGUGGUGAUACACAGCAUGUGACAAUACAAUUGUUCUCAUGAGGAUCAGGAAAUGUUGAAACAUAAAGUGCUUAUAUGUGGAGUCAUCAGUUAAACAGUAACAGUAACUCCUACUGUUGGAGACUUCAACCAGGAACUAGUGAGAAAUGUUUUUAGAGUAUGGUGACCUACGGGUAGUGCUGAUAAGAAACAUAAACAAAGUAUUCUAUUUCAUAGACUACAUUUAUAUUGGGUUCAAAGAAUACUGCAUAUUAUAUUGUAAUUUGACACACAACAAACACACAUUUUGGAGUGCAGUCUAGAAAACAUCACUCUGAACCCUGCUAUAUCUUCUUAGUCUGAAAAACAUUUUCAGGAAUAUUUUCUUUUUCAAAUGACUCCAAUAGGAAAAAACGUUUCUCUAAAUAAUACAUUUGGAAUUAUUUAUUUUUUGUUGUAAUUUUGUGCUGUCCUUCCUUGCUGUUCGUACUUGAUGUUGGUGGGAGGGUCUGAGAUGCUAUUUACUCUGGUUCCUGCUGAGAAAUCAAACUAGUAUCUAGAAUAUACGAAUCCAGAGGAGACGCACCAAGGAGCAGCUCUGCAGUUUAUGGUGUUACUCGUGUCACUCUACGCAACCAUGUGUCAAGAAAAGAACAAGUCCAUGUCAGUUGAUGAAUGGUUAAAGAGAUACUACCUGCCUGUGAUGUACAGUAUCAUCUGUGUAGUGGGACUUGUGGGGAACAUCAUCUCAAUCACCAUUUACCUGGUGAAGUUGCGUCCAUGGAAGAGCAGUAGCAUCAUCAUGGUGAAUCUGGCCAUAGCUGACCUCCUCUAUGCCAGCAGCAUGCCCCUGCUGAUUCACAACUACAUCUCUGGCGAGUGGGUCAUGCACGAGAUCGUGUGCAAUGUCCGGUUCAGCUUCCACUUCAACCUGUACGGCAGCAUCCUCUUCCUCACCUGUCUGAGUGUGUUCCGCUACGUGGUGGUGCUGCACCCUCUGAGGGCGGCCCAGGUGCAGAGGAAGAGCUGGGGCAUCCUCGCCUGCCUGGCGGUCUGGCUCGUCUCUCUGGCGGAGAUCUCUCCCAUGCUCGCCAUGGUCACUGUGAAAACGAGCGGACGGAACGGAACCGGACAAAAUGCCUUGACUUUGCCAGUAACGAUCCAGUAGAGACCGUGUGGAUGUAUGGCUGGUUGCUCACAGUGCUGGGCUACCUGCUUCCCCUGGUGGUGGUUUCCUGGAGUUACAUCUGCAUUGCCAGGGAGCUGAAAGCAGGGCCUCACAAUGGCCAGUCUGUCCGAGUAUG